GGUGGCGGAGGUGGUGGUGGCGGUGGGGGCAGCGGGGGCCCCCAGAUCUGCGGUGCCAGCGGCUUGUGCAAAGCUAACUGCGGCAUGUGCUGCAAAGCGGAGCUGAGCCUGGCUCCGUCCGUGCUGCCCACCGGCAGGGUCAUCAAGCCCCAGGUCAUCAACCAGGCCGUGGGGCUGCCGGCCAAUGGCUCCCUCUAUUACUUCAACUACCUGGAAUCUUCGGCGUAUCCCCCAUCGGAACUACUCAAUGGGCACCUCUUCCCCUCCAGCAUCCUCAACGCCCAGUCCCCAGCGUCCCUGGCCGCCCACCAGAAACUCUUCUUGUUGGAGAACGCCAAGCUGGCCACGUUGGCCGCGGACAAGUUCCCUCAUGCCCCCUACCCCCACAAAGAGCGCCUGCCUGGGCAGCUGGACCAGGUCAUGAAAGAGAACACGGCGCUGACGGCGGAGCGGAACGGGGCCAAGAGUCACGGCAAACUGGCUGCGAGCUCCGCCGACGGCAAGCCCAAGAACUUCACCUGCGAAGUGUGUGGCAAGGUGUUUAACGCUCACUAUAACCUCACUCGCCACAUGCCGGUCCACACGGGAGCCAGACCGUUUGUCUGCAAAGUCUGCGGGAAGGGCUUUCGGCAAGCCAGUACCCUGUGCAGACACAAAAUCAUCCAUACCCAGGAAAAACCUCACAAAUGUAACCAGUGCGGCAAAGCCUUCAACCGGAGCUCCACGCUUAACACUCACAUCCGAAUCCAUGCGGGCUACAAGCCUUUCGUCUGCGAAUUCUGCGGGAAAGGGUUCCACCAAAAAGGAAACUACAAAAAUCACAAACUGACUCACAGUGGGGAGAAACAAUACAAGUGUACCAUCUGCAACAAGGCCUUCCACCAGAUUUAUAACUUGACUUUUCAUAUGCACACCCACAACGACAAGAAACCUUUCACGUGUGCCACUUGUGGGAAAGGAUUUUGCAGAAACUUUGAUCUAAAGAAGCACGUGAGGAAACUCCACGACAGUGUGGCCCCUGGAGCUCCCACCACAAAGGACUUGCCGAGGACGGUGCAGAGCUGA